AUGCAGGCGUGGGGAUUUACCGCUGCCUUCGCACUGGCGAGGGCGAUUGCCGCCCAGCAAGAGGGCAGUCUUGACGGGACCGCAGUCCGUUUGGCGAAGAGCUACAUUGUCGAAUACGCAGCCGGCACAAUUGGUAAACGCAGCUCUCUUGUUUCGAGGGACGGCGUCAAGGUAGUGAAGAGCUUCGACAGCGAUGUCUUCAAUGGCGCCAGCGUUGAGGUUACCGACUUGAACCUCGACAGCUUGCUUGGUCUGCCGGACAUCAUCAGUGUCUGGCCGAACAACCCUGCAUAUCUCGAGCCUUCUGCCCCGGCCGACGCCGACCUCCAAUCAGUUCCGUCUGUUGCGCACGUCGUCACGGGCGUGAGCAAGCUGCAUGAGCAGGGGAUUGUCGGCAAGGGUGUCAAGGUGGGCGUUGUUGAUACCGGCAUCUGGUACAAUCACUAUGCUAGUCCAGAGCUCAACCCAGUGACUGAUAACUGA